AUGACCAGUAUAGACGACCUCUUUAAGAAACCAUCUUCGGCAGCCAGCGCCAAGCGAAAAUUAGACCUUGCGCAAGAUCCGAAUGAACUCUACAAAGCAGCCAAAUUAAACGCGAAUGGCGAUGUCAAAUCCAAAGGGAAGGCACCAAUGGUGGAGGACGAGGAGGUAGACGACGGCGAAGCUGGUCCAGAGCUCCCCCCAGAUUUCGACGUCGAGGACAUACCAGACGAUGAGGAAGGGCGCUUUUUCGGCGGGGGUAUGGAGCGCAAAACUGCCCAGGCAAUGCAAUAUAUUGAUCAGCUGGAUGAAGGGGAGGCCGCGCCCGAGAAGUUCGACGUUGCUUGGUUGCGACGGCUCGCACUUGGCUUCGAGAAGAAGAUAUCGAAAAAUGCCGAGCUUCGUGGAAAGUUUGAAAAUGAUCCGCAAAAGUUCAUGACAUCUGAAGCGGAUCUCGAUACAGAGAUAAAUGGACUCUCAAUCCUAACAGAACACCCGGAGCUAUACGGCGAAUUCUGCAAGCUGGGCUGCGUCGGAUCUCUGACAUCACUGCUAUCCCACGAAAACGCCGACAUCGCCAUCGACGCGAUCCAGAUCAUCAACGAAUUGACAGAUGAAGACGUAGAGGCUGAACAGGAACAAUGGGAUACACUAGUUAACGCCUUGUUGGAUGCCGACCUCAUUGAACUCCUGGUUCAAAAUUUGUCCCGGUUAGAAGAAUCCUCCGAGGCUGAUAGGGCAGGGGUGUACUAUGUGCUGAAUGUGAUUGAGAACCUUGCUUCUCAGAUAGCAAUCGCGGAGAAAAUCGGCCAAGAUUCUUCAGUGCUGUCGUGGCUUCUUUCUCGCAUACAACAAAAGGAGAAUCCAGUGAGCCAAAACAAGCAGUAUGCAGCAGAGGUCUUGGCCAUCCUGCUACAGUCUUCACCGAAGAACAAGCAGAAGUUCAUUAGUCUGGAUGGCGUGGAUGUUCUCCUUCAACUACUCAGCCAAUACCGCAAGCGCGACCCCGAGAAGGAUUCAGACGAGGAAGAAUACGUGGAGAAUCUCUUCGAUUCCUUGAUAUGCGUUGUCGAUGAAGAUCCCGGGAAGGAGAAAUUCUUAGAAGGGGAGGGCAUUGAGCUUGCGCAAAUCAUGCUGAAGGAGGGUAAAUUCAGUAAACAACGAGCUUUGCGAGCCCUUGAUCAUGCUUUGGGUGGCUUAGGAGGUGGGCCUGCGUGUGAGCGGUUGGUUGAAGUGGCGGGUUUGAGGACAAUCUUUGGGAUGUUUAUGCGAAAGCAAGAGAGUCAGGUCAUUGAGCAUUUGCUCGGGAUUUUCGCUUCACUGCUACGUCUCCUGCCUGGAGGAUCUGCACCGCGAAUUCGCACGCUCGCCAAAUUCAUGGAAAAGGACUACGAGAAGAUUGGCAAACUUGUCAAAUUAAGACGAGACUAUGCCUCAAGGGUAUCACCUGUUGAGCAGGCCAUCGAGAAAGAACGGAAGAAUUAUACAGAUGAAGAACAAGAGGUUAUGGCAGCCGAGUGGCUUUCGAGACGCUUCGAUGCUGGCCUUUUCUCAUUGCAGUUGAUUGAUGUGAUAUUAGCGUGGCUGGUGGCUGAGGAUGAUGGGGCCAAACAGAAGAUAGUCUCCUUGCUAGCAGACCGGGAUGAAGAUAUCUCUUUGAUCAAGGCAACCUUGAAAGAGCAAAUUGAGGGUCUCACAGAGGAUGAGCCUGGGCAGAAAGACCAUAAAGAGAUGCUUGAGACUCUUCUACAGUUUUUAUAG